GGACCUGCCCGCCCGACCUGGCGGCGCAGUCUCGCGGGAUCGCUCAGCUCUCGCUCCCCGUGCGGCCCCGGAGGCAGCUCGAGACCCGGACACUCCCCGGUGCCGUCCGAGGUUGCGGGGGGGACGGCGACGGGGAGGGAGAGUGGCCUUGCAGCGCCGUCCGAGCAAUUGACCCAGAACUCGUUUCCAGGAAAACGGGUUCCUUCAAAUUGGCGAAAUAAUGAAAUGAGGAAUUUGAACAUUUUAUCUUUAGAUGGGAACCUUCUGAUGAUGGUGAAAAGCAAUUAAUCCAAGCCAUGUGGUAAAAUCAGGAAUUCGAAGAAAAUGGAACUGUACCCAUUUUUGUUAAUGUGUGUUUUUCUGCCCCUCAUAAGGGGGCAUAGUCUCUUCACCUGUGAACCAAUUACCGUUCCCAGAUGCAUGAAAAUGGCCUACAACAUGACAUUUUUCCCUAAUUUGAUGGGUCAUUAUGACCAGAGUAUUGCUGCUGUGGAAAUGGAGCAUUUUCUUCCUCUUGCAAAUCUGGAAUGUUCACCAAAUGUUGAAACUUUCCUUUGCAGCUUUGUACCUACCUGCACAGACCAAAUUCAUGUGGUUCCACCUUGUCGUAAAUUUUGUGAGAAAGUAUUUUCUGAUUAAAAAUUAAUUGACACUUUUGGGAUCAGAUGGCCUGAGGAACUUGAAUGUGACAGAUUGCAAUACUGUGAUGAGACUGUUCCUAUAACCCUUGAUCCACACACACAGUUUCUUGGUCCUCAGAAAACAGAAGACAUCCCAAGAGACAUUGGAAUUUGGUGUCCAAGGCAUCUUAAGACUUCUGUGGGGCAAGGAUAUAAGUUUCUGGGAAUUGAUCAGUGUGCACCUCCAUGUCCCAACAUGUAUUUUAAAAAUGAUGAGCUAGAGUUUGCAAAAAGUUUUAUUGGGAUAGUUUCAAUAUUUUGUCUUUGUGCAACUCUGUUUACAUUUCUUACUUUUUUAAUUGAUGUUAAAAGAUUCAGAUACCCAGAGAGACCAAUUAUAUAUUACUCUGUCUGUUAUAGCAUUGUAUCUCUUAUGUACUUUAUUGGAUUUUUGCUAGGCAAUAGCACAGCCUGCAAUAAGGCAGAUGAGAAGCUAGAACUUGGUGACACUGUUGUUCUAGGCUCUCAAAAUAAGGCUUGUACUGUUUUAUUUAUGUUUUUGUAUUUUUUCACAAUGGCUGGCACUGUGUGGUGGGUGAUUCUGACCAUUACUUGGUUCUUAGCUGCAGGAAGAAAAUGGAGUUGUGAAGCCAUUGAACAAAAAGCAGUGUGGUUUCAUGCGGUUGCAUGGGGCAUACCAGGUUUUCUGACUGUUAUGCUUCUUGCCAUGAACAAAGUCGAAGGAGACAACAUUAGUGGAGUUUGCUUUGUUGGCCUUUACGACCUGGAUGCCUCUCGAUAUUUUGUACUUUUGCCACUGUGCCUUUGUGUGUUCGUUGGGCUGUCUCUUCUUUUAGCUGGCAUUAUUUCCUUAAACCAUGUGCGACAAGUUAUACAGCAUGAUGGCCGGAACCAAGAGAAACUAAAGAAAUUUAUGAUUCGAAUCGGAGUCUUCAGUGGCCUGUAUCUUGUGCCCUUAGUGACGCUUCUUGGAUGUUAUGUCUAUGAGCAAGUGAACCGGAUUACCUGGGAGAUAACUUGGGUCUCUGAUCAUUGUCGUCAGUACCACAUCCCAUGUCCUUAUCAGGUAAAAACAGAAGCUCGACCAGAAUUGGCCUUAUUUAUGAUAAAAUAUCUGAUGACAUUAAUCGUUGGUAUCUCUGCUGUCUUCUGGGUUGGAAGCAAAAAAACAUGCACAGAAUGGGCUGUUUUUAAACGAAAUCGCAAGAGAGACCCAAUCAGUGAAAGUCGAAGAGUGCUACAGGAGUCGUGUGAAUUUUUUUUAAAGCACAAUUCUAAAGUGAAACACAAAAAGAAGCAUUACAAACCAAGUUCACAUAAGCUGAAAGUCAUUUCCAAGUCCAUGGGGACCAGCACAGGAGCUACAACAAAUCAUGGCACUUCUGCAGUAGCAAUCACGGACCAUGAUUACUUAGGACAAGAAACUUUGACAGAAAUUCAAACUUCUCCAGAAACAUCAGUGAGAGAGGUGAGAUCAGACAGAGCAAGCACCCAAUUAAGAGAACAGGACUGUGGUGAGCCUGCCACCCCAGCAGCCUCCACCUGCAAACUCUCCAGGGAGCAGGCUGACAGGAAUGGCUGGGCAGGCAGCCUGAAGGAUAAGAGCAGUGUGUCUGAGGACUCUCAGAGUGCAGGAAGGGUAAGUCCAAAGAGUGAUGUCACUGAAACUGCCCCAGUGCAGAGCAGCAAUCCCCAGGCACCCAGUUCUUCAGAGCCGAGCAACCUCAAAGCUUCCACUUCUCUGCUUGUUCACUCAGCUUCCGAAGAUAGAAAAGAGCAGGGUGCUGGCAGUCAUUCAGAUACUUGAAAACAUACUAUCUCAUUACUUAGAAGUAAUCCAUGUUACACUGGAGGUGACCAAUGCACUGUCUUAGGAGAGUCACUGCUGGGCUGGGGGUAUAACUCAGCGGUAGAGGACUUGACUACCAUUUAUAAGGCCCUGGAUUCAAUCCCCAGCAUGGAGGGCAGGGGAAAGAAUCACUGUUACAUUCUUCUUUUGCACUUAAAGCUGCAUUGUCUACUGUUUUACUGGUAAGGGAAAAAAAAAAAAAAAAGAUUUCAAGAAUAAUACAAUUCACUUCCACAAAGAUUUGUGACAGCAGUAUGUCUGAAAA